AUGCCUGAGAGAUCUGUAUUGGAAGAGCACCUGGGGGCUGGCAUCGUCAAGAUCACCCUGAACCGUCCGGCAGCGUUGAAUGCCCUCAAUGCAGAAUUGUUAGAAGACCUUCUGGCCGCACUACAGAGAUGUAGAGAUGCCAAGGUCAUCGUCCUUGAGGGUGCUGGAGACCGUUCUUUCUGUGCGGGACAGGACCUCAAACAAGGGCUCACCAAGCAUGGAUCGCAUGCCGAGUUACAGGAGGCUUUCACCCAUCUGCAGGAUGUUGCCCGGCUGACAUCUCGCAGCUCAGCCAUUAUCAUCGCAGCGGUCCACGGAUUCGCUGUCGGCGGAGGGGCGGAAAUCGCUCUGGGUGCCGAUUUUGUCAUUGGGGGUCCCGCAACCACAUUCAGAUUCCCAGAGGUUCCGAUCGGCCACGCUGCGACCGGAGGCAUCACUCAGCGGCUGGUUGCUCUGAUCGGUCUGCUCCAGGCGAAGCGAUUGCUUCUGACUGGCGCGUACGUGGGAGCGGAAGAGGCGCUUGCGAUGGGGCUCCUUACUGAGAUCAACGAAGACCCCAAAAAGCGUGCAAAGGAGCUUGCCGAACUUAUAGCUGGGCUGCCAUCCACAUCUCUAACUUGGUCCAAGCAGUCUCUUGAGAAGGCAUGCUUCCCAAACGUCGAGCAGGUCUUACAGGACGAGAUUGAGAGUGCGAGUGUCUGUUUUGCCCAGUCCGAUGCCGCAAACGCAUUCAGCGAGUUUGCAACUCGGCGGACAGCGCCUGGUGCGAUGAACUUUUCAUCUGCUCCAGCUUUGGGCAAUGACACGAACAAAUGGCGCUCGGGCAACAAAGAUGCAAGCAUCACGCCCAAAGAGCCGAUCUCCAACCUGAAUCAAGCUUUGGAUAUUGCAGUCAUGAGAUACCCAGAUCGGCCUUUCCUGCGUUUCCCUGGCCAUGAGAUCAGCUACGCUGUUUUUGGAGCCCGUGUCAGCAGGCUGGCUGGGGGACUGAGAGAAUUGGGCGUGCAGCCUGGAGAUAGAGUACUGGUCAUGAUGCGGAACUCUAUUGAGAUGGUCGAGACUUGGAUGUCUACUAACCGGUUGGGUGCAAUUUGGGUACCAAUCAAUCCUGAGCUCCGAUCUUCGACACUGCACCAUGCAGUCCUAGCAGUGCGAGCAAAGUUGCUCAUCGUCGAUGAAGGAAUUUACGCCGAGGUCAAAUCAGCCCUUCCCGGAGAGAUUCCAUUCUAUAUCAACGGCACAGAAUCUGGCGAACUCUUGAAUCAACUUCACAGCCUCGGCCAGCCUGUUACGAAAGCGGUCCCAGUGGAAUCAAGUACCACCGCGGCGUUUCUGUUGACCAGUGGGAGCACUGGAAGGUCCAAGCCAUGCAUGCUUUCUCAUCGAUACUUUCUUGUCACUGCUCAGGGACUUGUCGACGGCCUAGCCCUCGGAGCAGAUGACGUGCUCUACUGUCCUUUUCCCCUGUAUCACUUAGACGCGACUGGGAUGACGGUGGUGCCAGCGCUUUUCCUUGGGGCGACCGCCGCUUUGUCACCGCGGUUUAGUGCUAGCAACUUCUGGCACGAGAUCCGCAAGACUGAGGCUACAGUAUACGACUUCAUGGGCGCAACUUUGGCGUUGAUCUUCAAGCAGAACGCUUCAUCGCAAGACCGCGAGCAUCGGGUGCGAGUCGCCUGGGGAGUCCCAAUUCCGGCCUUUGCUAAGGAAUAUGAGCACAGAUUCGGUCAUCCGCUGGUCACGCUAUACGGCAGCACAGAGUCCGGUCUGCCGAUCAUCCAACAAGGGGACUUCGCAACAGGGUCAUGUGGGAAGCCACGGAAAGGGUUUCAUGUGCGGAUUGCCGACCCAGCCGGGAAUGCUCUACCUCCGCAGACACCAGGACAGCUUCUCCUGAGGAGUGAUAUUCCAGGCGCUCUCUUCUCCGGAUACUUUGACGAGCCCCAAAAGACUGCUGAGGCAUUUACCGGUCAAUGGAUGAACACCGGGGAUGUGGCCAAGGUCGACAACCGUGGCAACGUAUUUUUCGUUGGUCGCCUAAAGGAUGUGAUUCGCAGGCGCGGAGAGAACAUCAAUGCGGCCGAAGUCGAAGAAGAGUUCCUGCAGCAUCCCGAUGUGGUGGUUGCCGCCGCAUCUGCGGUGCCCUCUGAGCUCGGAUGGGGUACAGAAGACGAUCUCAAAGUGACCGUCCAGCUCCGGGAGUCAAGCUUGACUGACGAAGGGGAAUUGUGGAGCUGGUCGGUGGCCAAAAUGGCACGAUUCCAAGUGCCCGAUGUGAUUGAGAUCGUUCCAGAGAUUGCCAAAACGCCGACUGGCAAAGUUGAAAAGAGCCGCUUGAAUCGCAAAGGAGGAAGGCGAUUCCAUCGUCGUAGUUCAAGCCCUGGCUUACAUCGACCAAAUCUGUAA